AGUGUCCAAACGCAGAGAAAAACUCCUGCUGAAGCGACUGAUCUCCACACUGUUAUAAAGAUGGCGUUUAUUAAAGAGGAGAGUGAAGAUGUGAAGAUUGAAGAAACAUUCACAGUCAAACAGGAAGAUCUGCAGGAACAAACAGACCUGAUGGUGCUGAAAGAAGAGACUCAUCAAUGGAAUGAAAUGGAAGAGAAACACCAAGACAUAACGACUGAUGAAAAACCCACACUGACUGAAAAGACUUCAUCACACGGAAGACCUCGGAAAUCUAAAUCCAGGUGUAAUUUCAGCUGUAAACAGUGUGGAAAGAGUUUCAGUAAAAAGCCAAAGCUUGAUGUUCACAUGAGAGUUCACACUAAGGAGAAACCUUACACCUGCGAACAGUGUGGAAAGAGUUUUGGUUAUGUACAAGGCUUUAAAACCCACAUGAGAAUUCACUCUGGAGAGAGGCCGUAUGCAUGCCAAGAGUGUGGAAAAAGCUUCUAUAAUGCAGGAAACUUUGCAAUGCACAUGAUAAUUCACACUGGGGAGAGGAAGUACACAUGCCAACAGUGUGGAAAAAGCUUCUAUACUACAGGAAACUUAGCAGUGCACAUGAGAAUUCACACUGGGGAGAGGCCUUAUUCUUGCCCUCAGUGUGGAAAGUGUUUUAAGCAAAGUGGCACCCUCGAAGUCCACAUGAGAACUCACAAUAGAGAGAGAAUUUUUAUUUGCACACAGUGUGGGAAAAGUUUUUCUCAAAAACAAGACCUUGACAUCCACAUGAGGAUUCACACUGGAGAGAAACCUUACACAUGCACAGAGUGUGGUAAAAGUUUCAGAUGUAAAAAAACACUCAAUUACCACAUGAUAAGUCACGCCGGAGAGAAGCCAUUUGCAUGUGCUCAGUGUGUAAAGAGCUUCACAUCAAAAGCUAGCCUCAUAAACCACAUGAAUGGUCACACUGGAACUAUAGUGUUCACAUGUGAUCAGUGUGGAAAGAGUCUCACACGUAAAGACUACAUUAAGAAACACAUGAAGACUCACUCAGGAGAGCGUUUUAGAUGCAGUGAGUGUGGAAAGGACUUUAAACAUAAAAGAAGCCUCAGCGCUCACAUGAAGCUUCACAAAAGAGAGAAGAGUCCUCAAAAUUGAGGCUUGUCCACACAAACAUGGGUAUAUUCAAAACGGAGCCUUACACUGCCAUAAUAUCAAACCCUAAGAACUGUUGUGAGAAUUCUACGAGGUGAGACAACGAGAAUUGUCAGUCACUAAAACAAUAAACUUUCUGAUCUGAGAAGAUCAGGAAAUCAGAAGUUCUAUUUAACUCAAUAUGAGCCCCCUUUCUGACCUUUACUUUACCUUCUCCAUCAGAGGAGAUCACACAAAGUAUCCAAGAUUUUAACAUGGUGUAUCUUAUAGCACUAUAUUCAUGUUUGGUGUCAUUUUAAAUGUCCCUGUGUGAUUGGUAAAAUUGUCUCAAUUAAACUGUAAUAUUUGACAGUUUCACUUGAAUAUGUUGAAUUGGUUUUCAGCUUUAAUUAAAAUCUUUGCCAGCUGCUCCACCUACAAGCAAAUGGUUGACACUUAAAACUCACUACCAGGCAAGGGUCCUUUUGAAGCUUUUUGUCCUGAAUUUAUGGCUGUUUGUUCUGAGUUGAGUAUUAAUGGGAAAUGUGCAAGAUGGUUCAUUGAGAUCUUGUAGCCAGGAUGCCCCGUUGCAGUGUGAGUCUCUAAGCUUUUGCAUCAGAGGCUUAUAUGCUGCAAUGUACUUUAUACAUUUAUAACUUUUGGAUUUAUCUUUGAGUAAUUGAUGUUCUACAUUUCUGAAUUGGCUUUUUAUUAUUUGAUUCUGUAAUUGACAUGAUACACUUUCAUCUGGAAAAUAAAAGGUUAUGUUUUGAUUCA